CAACCUUAAUCUUAAAUACCCACUUUAUAAUUCAGCCUUGCCCAUCUUUUCCAAAACCCAAAAAAUGUCUAAUCUUAGGCCAAGACCCACACCCACCACAAAGCCACCAUCCACACCCAAAACCCCCAACACCACCACCAAUACAGACCCUGAUUCUGAUGACACCCCAAAACCCCAACUCCAACGCCAACAAUCUCUCUCACAAAGAGCAAUCUCCCAAACCUUAUCAACCACAGCCACCUUAGCUAACCUUUUACCCACAGGAACCCUCAUGGCUUUCCAACUCCUCAUACCAGUGUUCACACAAAACGGCACAUGUGACUCAGCCACACGCCCCAUGACACUCGUCCUCUUAGUCAUCCUAGCUCUCUCUUGCUUCCUUGCUUGUUUCACAGACACAAUCAAGGCCUCAGAUGGACAAGUCUACCAUGGCCUAGCCACUUUCAAAGGGCUUUGGCUGUUUGACUAUCCAGGCACUGAAACUCAAGGCUUGCCUGAUCUGAGUAAGUACAGUAUAAAGUUCAUUGAUGUGGCUCAUGCUGUGUUAACUGUGCUUGUGUUUGGUGCUGUGGCUCUGAGAGAUAGGAAUGUUGUGAGGUGCUUUUAUCCAACGCCAGGACAUGAGGCUCAGGAGGUUUUGGACAUUGUGCCUGUUGGUGUUGGCCUAAUUUGCAGCAUGUUGUUUGUGGUUUUCCCAACUAGAAGGCAUGGCAUUGGGUACCCCGUCACACCGGGCAAAUAAAUUGAUCAUUUGUUGCUUGCUUUUUAUGUUUCAUGGGUCAUGGGUGUCAUUAUUUUUCAUGAUCUCCCUUCCGUUUGUUAUUUUGCUUUAACUUUUUUCUUUUCUUUUCUUUUCUUUUUUCUUUUUUGGAUUGAAAGCUUGUAAGUUUGAAUUGGGAGCAUAAUAAAUUAGAAGAAAUUACAGUCA